GUGUGUGUGUGUGCGUGCGUGUGUGUAUGUGUGUGUGUCUAUGGGACGGAUCGCAGCUCCUCUCCUAGAUGCUCCUCUACGCUCACAGUGUCGAUGAUGUCAUCCUCCGCUCGGAUCGCGCUCGCGACGCUCUUCAUCUGGGUUCUUCUUCUGUCGAGUCCCGCCGAAUCCAAGCGGAACCGAGGCGCGAUUCCUCACCCGGACAAGAACAACCAGCAGCAGCAGGAGGCGGCCCCGGCACCGGGUCCGGGCCCCGGAGGCAGGAGCAGCGGCUCGGAGGAGGUUCUGGAGUCCAGUCAGGAGGCUCUGCACGUCACCGAGCGCCGCUACCUGAAGCGGGACUGGUGCAAGACUCAGCCGCUCAAACAGACCAUCCACGAGGAGGGCUGCGUCAGCCGCACCAUCAUCAACCGCUUCUGCUACGGACAGUGCAACUCCUUCUACAUCCCGAGGCACGUGCGCAGAGAGGAGGGCGCGUUCCAGUCGUGCUCGUUCUGCAAGCCCAAGCGCUUCACCACCAUGACCUUCACCCUCAACUGUCCUGACCAGCAGCCGCCGACGCGGAAGAAGCGCGUGCAGCGCGUCAAACAGUGCCGCUGCGUCUCCAUCGAGCUGGACUAGAAGCGAGAGCGACGCGUCAGAACACACGGAAGAGACGCGUCUGUCAGCGUCACACACUACAUAAACAUCACCAUUUAUAUCCGCCUGCAAACCAACUAUGAUCUGGCACCAAGGUCUUUAAGAGCGCGAAAGCAGUCAAAUGUGUCCAAAUUUUGACUAUAGUGCGAAACUGAAUCUAAAACCAGAUGAGCUCAUUAAU